AUGAGCUGUGUACAAUAUCAUAAACAAGGUUAUUUGCGUCUCAUUUUUAUAAUAAAGUGACGCAAAUAACUCUUUUGGCUUUAGGUUAUUCUGCGUUUUUUACCUUAGUUUUUCAUCACAUACGCCUACAUUCACUAAACAAAAAGAAAAAAAACAAGAGUUCUUCCAGUGAAUUUCUACAGCAAAACACCCACAAAUUCGUCUCUGAAAUCCAACAAAUUAGGCCAAAAAACUGCGAUUCCCCAGCAAAUUUAACAUCUAAAUUAAAAUUGCAGUCAAGUUGAAGCAAAUCUGAGCAAUUUUGAGCAAAAAUUUAGACCAAAAACCCUAAGAAAUUCGAACCCUUAAACCCAGAAAAAUUGAUUGUUUCCGACCAAAAAUCCCCAAUUUCGAGCAAAAAAUCAACUCAAAAUCAUACGAAUUCGAACCCUAGAAACCCCAAAAAAUUCAAUUUCGGUCUUCAAGUUCAAUUGGGGGAUUCCGAGGGGGGAUUUCUAGGGUUUUUGGCAGCGAGGCAAUAUACCCUAAGAAAUUCGUCCCAUUUCAGUCAUAAAUAAUUUUAGUUCGAAUUUCAGUCAAGAAAUUACAGCAACAAUAGUUUCAGUCAAGAAAUUACAGCAACAAUAAUUGUUUGAAUUACGUCUUUUUCUGGGUUUAAGGGUUCGAAAUCCCCCAUUUCAGUCAUAAAUAGAAAUUGUUCGAAUUUCAGUCAAGAAAUUACAGCAACAAUAAUUCGAGGGGGGAUUUCGGCUUGACAUUGUUGAAUUUGUGAAGUCAAUUUCACCUAAGAUUCUUAAUUAUGCGGAAGUGAAUUCCACAAGUUGCUCGAGGUUCUUGUUGUGGACAAACGAUUAAGGCGGUAGUACGCAUACGAGAUUGUCUUCACUUGUGGUAAGUAAUAAUGGAGGAUGAGGAUAUGCAUAAUCGUUCCAUGUCUUUGCAAGGUGAGGAAGAUGAGCCACACAAUCAAUCACAAUCAGAGCAACAAACAACCGACUCUCAGAAGAAGAAAAAGAAGCCAAGAGGUCCUUCAAAGGGCCUGAAAUCCAUGCUUGGGGUUCCUAGAGUUCUUGAAUGGGAUGAAUUGUGUCGACCCAUUGGAAAGUGGGCAAAAGCAUACAAAAUUCAUGUUGGUGAAAUAAGCCGUGCAAAGGUGUCUAUAUUGUAUAAAGAUUGGAAUCAAGUUCCACAAGGAAUAAAAGACACUUUGUGGGAAGAUGUUAAGAGAGAGUUUUAAAUCGAAGAAGAUGAAGACAAGAAAAAAAAGGUCCUACGCACUUGUGAUAAAACUUGGAGAGAUUUUAAAACAAAAUUGGUCAGUUGGAUCACAUGUACCAGGAAUAUGCCGAAGGAGAAAAGAAUGACGUAUGUACUCUAUGAUUUCAUAUCUGAGGAUAUGUGGAAAACAUUUGUGGAGGAGCAUAGUACAGAUGAUUUUAAGGAAAUCAGUGAGAAGGCAAGACAAAGCCAGUCUUUCAACGAAUACCCUCACCAUUUAGGAGCCAAAUCAUAUGGUGAAAUGAAUAUUGUAUGGCGUAGAAAAGGGUAUAUUCCCACGGCAUCUUCAGCAUCCAGUACUUCAUCUUGUUCUUCGGUUGUGUCUAGUUUGCCGGAUAGGACAUAUGCUUGGCUUCUAGCAAGAUCAAUAGAAGAUGAUAAGGGAAAUCCUUAUUUGCCGGAUGAGAAAACAAGAGAGGUGAAAGAAUCCAUUGAUAAUUGGAGAAACCAACAAGCUGAAGGAAAAUUUGUUCCUAAUAGGCAUGAUGAUAUCUUAUCUCUUGCCCUUGGGAAAAAAGAUCGUAAUGGUCGAGCAAUAGCAUUUGGCAAUGGAAUUGGCAUUAAAGCUGCAUGGGGAUCCGGAGAGAGGCGUAGUGGCCGACGGGGUAGGGAAUUCGGAGAUGAUGAGCUGGAAGAAUUAGAGGCAAGAGUAGCCCGGAGGGUACGAGAGGAGACUAUGCAGGAGAUGGAUUCUAAAAUGGAUUCCAUGGUUCAAGAGAAGUUUAUGUUAUUUGCUAAACAGAUUGGUAUUCAAAUUCCAACUGAAUUGAUGGAAAUGAAUAACAUAGGUCGGACGACUCAACAAAAUCCUAGUAGUUUCCAAUCAGUGGGUGAUGAUCCAUUUGCAAACAUACAGGAACCGGAUCCUUGUCGGCUAUCAUUGUUGAAAAAUGACUCUGAGAAAGUCAUUGUCGCUGAAGGUACAUAUCAUCCGGAGUUAAUCCUUGAUCAUCAUAGUAACCUCCUUCCGGAUCACGUGAGGGUGAGUGUUGAUGAUUUUUUUGACGAGUUCAAAGAAUUCUUGGUUCCAGUUCCUUCUUCAGUCAUCAAGAAACUUAAGCAUGCUCACGGUACAUUUACCCAAUGGCCGAAAGACUUGGUUUCACUCAUGCAUGACAAGGAAUUCAUAUCAAAUAAGAACAAUGGUAACAACAAAGCGGCCAAAGAAAACAUGCAAGACAAACUGAAAGUAGUUGAAAGUGGUCACGAAACAAAAGAGUCCAACACCAAUCCAAAAAAAGUUUUCCUUAUGGAUUAUGCUUUGGAAAACUUGUCUCAGUAGUGUGGGUCUUUGAAUAGUUUGUUAUCUUCAUUACCCGAAGGUGAAACUAUUAAGGUAAAGGCUGAUGCUUGGACCUUUAGUUAUGAAGACAGUAAGGACAUCAUUAUCAAACGUGAAGAUGUCAAUCAACUUCUCACAGGAGCUUGGCUGAAUAUUUCAGUUUUGCAAGUUUUUAUGAUGGCCUUGAGUGACUUACUCGAUACGGAGGAAGUGGCUUCCAUUGGAUUCAUGUGUCUGGAAAUGAUUUCAGAAACCUAUUUGCAUAGUGAUGCUGAUCGUAUCCUACUAUAUAUGACACAUGUGAUGGAAAAACAAAAAUCUAAGCAGUUCAUCUUAUGCCCAUACCAUGAAAAGAAUCAUUGGGUUCUUUUGGUCUUAUGCAUGGCUAAGCGUGAAGUCAUCAUCUUUGAUUCUUUGAGGCAGAAGCGAAAUUUAGCAAUUAAGUUUGCAAUGACAAAUGUCCUCAACAAUUGGGUGGACGUGAGUGUGGCUACUACGUCAUGCGUUAUAUGUACGAAAUACUUGAACAUCACCAUAGCAGUGAGGAUCUUAUUCAGGAUUUUUCAAGAACUACACCGUACACCGAGGAGGAGAUAAAUGAGAUUCGAGAUAUUUGGGCAGAGUAUUUUAUAUGUAAUGUUGAACUUUAGAUUUACACUUAGCGCAUGUUGGACUCUUGUUUUGGAUUAUAGGCUUGAAAUGAAUGAAUUUAGUUAAUUGGUGUUGGGAUGAUGAGUAUAAUGUCUAUGAUAUUGAGAUGUAAAUUAUUGGACAGGUUGUUAAUAUAAUGCCGUCAUUCCCAAUUUUAUGGGUAGGCCAAAUUACAAAGGAGACUCUGCCGAAAUUUACAUUUGCAUUAUUCAAUAAUAUUGCAUUUUAAUUUCAA